AUGACAUUAAAAAGUAAAUGUAAACUUGGACAAACAACAAGAAGCUGUAGAUAUAGUUAUAGGGAUUCCGAUCUUACCGCUACAGAAAAGGUGACAUGUGUCAAAUUUAUCACAGAUGGUUAUGCCGAUGAAGCUCAAAAUAUUAUUUUUCAAAACGCUGCUGGUGUUCUAAGAGAAUUUGCCCAAGAUCUCCAAAAAGCUAGCAAUCAAGAAAAGAUUUUAGAAAAGCUUGACAGAAUCAUUGGGAUGAUUAGCACUUUAAAUCCACGUCCAAUGGGCAACCUUGCCGGUUCUGUUUUCAUGUAG